UGGGGUGGGGCUGGAGCUUAAGAAGUAGUCGGGGUAGACUGGGUCCCACUGUAGUUUUCAGACCUUUGCUGUAAAAAGGACAUGGCAAACAUGAGCGAAGACGAGAAAUCCAGGCGAGAAGUCGCUAUUGUUGGUGGUGGACUGGUUGGUGCUCUAAGUGCAGUGUUCUUUGCAAAGCGCGGUUACAAAGUGGACCUCUAUGAAUCAAGACAAGAUCCCAGAAAGCUGCAGUUUGUCAGUCUAAGGAGCAUCAAUUUGGCCCUUUCUGUCCGUGGCAUCUCCGCUUUAGCAGCUGUUGGUUGUGAGCGACCUAUGGUGGAAAGUGGUAUCCCCAUGCACGCCCGCAUGAUUCACACUCUAAAAGGGUCCAAGUAUGCAAUACCUUAUGGCAAAAAAGGGCAGUACAUCAUGUCUGUCGAGAGACGUAAGAUGAAUGAACAUCUCCUGACAGUCGCUGAAAGUCACCCCAACGUCACCCUUCACUUUGGGCACAAGCUGAAAAAGGUUGAUGUGGAGAAGGCUCACAUGACCUACAAAACAAGCUCUGCUGGUGAAGUGGUGGAUGUUGAUGCAGAUCUUUUAGUUGGUUGUGAUGGAGCAUACUCUGCUGUCAGAAAAGAGAUCAUGCGAAGACCACGGUUUGACUACAGUCAAGAGUACAUCCCACAUGGAUACAAAGAGAUUUGUCUGCCACCUGAUGCUAACGGCAAGCACAUCAUGGAGCUAAACUACCUUCACAUAUGGCCCCGCAACACAUUCAUGAUGAUUGCAUUACCAAACCAGGAUGGUACAUUCACUUGUACUCUGUUUGCACCAUUUGAUACAUUUGAUGAAAUAAAAACAAAUGAUGAUGUCCUAAACUUUUUCAACAAGGAGUUUCUGGAUUUCAUACCAUUGAUUGGCGAGGAGAAGCUACUCUCUGACUGGUUUACAAACCCUGUAGGAGCAAUGGUAUCUGUCAAGUGCAAGCCCUACCAUGUGGCUGACAAAGUGGUGAUACUUGGCGAUGCUGCGCAUGCUAUGGUGCCCUUUUAUGGACAAGGAAUGAACUGUGGCUUUGAAGACUGUCUUGUGUUAAAUGAGAUACUAGAUAAGCACAAUGACAACUUGGGUGCUGCUUUAGAGGAAUACUCCAUGGUGCGUAACCCUGAUGCUGAGGCCAUGUGUGAUCUUGCCAUGUACAACUAUAUAGAGAUGCGUUCCUCUGUCAACUCUACUCUAUUUCUGGUCAAGAAAUAUUUCUUCAGUUUUCUCCAUUGGUUGAUGCCAAAAACAGUUAUUCCACUUUACACAAUGGUGACAUUCUCACGAAUUCCCUAUCAUACUGUGAUAAAGAGAUCAAAGUUACAAGAUAAUAUACUACACCGUACUUUGUCGACCUUGCUGUUUGCUGCUAGCAUAGCAGGGCUUUGGCAGUGCUCGAGACUCUUGGAUGUUAAACUCCUCAACCGAACAUGGCUGCCUUUCUGAUAUGCCUUCAGUGUAGAUAUAGUGUCCCAAACAGGUGAAGCCUGUAUAAAAGCGACAUAGCAACAACGUCCACAGAUCUGUAGAACCUGAGAACGAGGCGACGGUUUAGGAAUGGGGCUAUUUUCUCCGGGGUUGGACGACAUACACAGCAUCUGUUCAUCAUAGAAAAUAGUCUCGAGUUAUUUGCAGUUUUUAUUUGAUAAAAUAGAUCGAUGUUUUAGUUGAGGGUGUACUAUGGGUAUGUUAACCUUGCAGCACAAACUGAUUUGUAAGAACAAUUUUACGUGAUUUUUUAGAAGAAAAAAGGCCCUGUUACAAUGAGACGCACGUUACCGUGGCCACCUUGAUAAUUUGAGAGCUAGAGGAUUGCGAGGAACGUUCUAGCUGAUUUUCAUAAACAUAACUUUACUAAUCCAUUCCGUAAAAGAAGAGAAAAAUAUCGACAGAGCAAUCCCUGGCAUAUCGACAUUCCAUAAAAAAAACAUUUAACAAGCCAGUUAUCCGCAAAUACGAAUAAAUAUUGAGCAAAAAAUCCAAACAUUAACCUGCUAAGAAAAUACCCCCUUUCUGUCAGACAUUUUUAUUUAAUUGAAUGGUCGGUGCUUUACAGAGAACAUCCUACAGUUUUAGGAGGGGGCGUGAGGGGGUGCGAAAACCGCACAAAAACCGUCAAAAUAAGUCAAUAACCGUAAACCGCGCAGUCUAGAGAAAACCGCAAACCGCGAAAUAAAAUAUCAAAAACCGCGCCAGAUUUGAGACAAAACCACAUCACCGCAAACCUUACGCCCCCUCUCUUUUAGCUUUAAUUCGUAACACGGACAUCUUAACUGCUUCAUCGCUACAAUUUUUUUUAGUUUUUUUUUCUGUCUUCUGAACGUUUCGACUUCCUUUCUUUGUUUCUACUUUCCGUUGUUAAUAUAAGUAAACAGAAAGUUCUACAAGUGGGAUGUUACAGACCCACUUCCACUCCAGACAAAUAUACGCGUUGGUUGUCAAUAAAGUAGAUUUGUGUGUGUGGCUUUUUUUUUUUUUUUUGGUCAGGAGAAAAUUCAAAAAUAGGGAAACUUGUAUAUAUAAAUUUUGAAUAAAUUUGAGUGUUUCUGUGA